AUGGCAUCAUACCUGACCGGCAGCGAGGCCUUCACUCGCGAGAAGCAAGCCCCCCAAGCAAACACAGUUCCCACAAACUGGGCGGAUAAGUUCCGCGGCGUUCGUUACCCUCAUCCAUCUCCGCCAACCAACAUACUAACCACCAUCCAGGCCACAAUCGAAGAUCUCGACCCUCCCCCCGCGCUCUCAAUCUCCUCCCACGACCCAAUCUCCACAGCUCUCAUGGCCGCCUACGAACGCGAUUACACCCACCUCACCGUCAUCUCCUCCACCAAGCGCUCUCUCCUGGGAUACCUCAGCAUCCCCCGUCUAAGGGAACUUCUGCAGAGUGGGGCCGUGAAGGACUCGGACUCGGUCUCCGCGGCCAUGCAGCGCUUCAACCGCAAGCGCGGCACAUACCAGACCAUCACGAUGGAGACCCCGCUCGAGGAUCUGCAAAAGUUCUUCGACGGCGAGACCCAUCCCAAUGCCGAGAAGCAGCAGUUUGCCGUGGUCACGGACCAGCAGCGCAAGUUCGUGCUGGGUGUCGCCACCAAGGAGGAUUUGGAGGAGUUUGUGAAGCGUAGACCUACUUGA